AUGCCUGGCUCCGGUUCGUGUCGGCGAGGGCUUUGGGAGGUGGCCAGGAUGCUCACGCCGGGCAGCUACUCGAAUAUACUCCUGGUCUUCAUCCCCUUGGGAAUAGCCUAUGGUAUCAAAAAUGAAACCCCGGAGCUCAUAUUCUGGUUCAACUUCCUCGCCAUCAUCCCGCUGUCGAAGUUGAACCUUCGCAAAAUCCGCCAGCUGUCGGCCGUGUUGGGUCCUAUGAGUGGUGGUUGUCUACAUGCGAUCCUUGACAAUGCACCUUUGUUACUCGUCGGCAUUGCUGCCAUUCAGCACGGCGCGGCUCAUAUAGCACAGUCCUGCAUCAUGGGCAGUGUUCUGGCCAAUCUUCUUCUCGUUGUGGGGUGGUGCUUCCUGGUCGGCAGCAUUCGUCACCGAGAAUUGAUAUUCAGUACGACUUUCGCAUCGACGGCAUCUUCUCUCAUGAUGGUCGCCUCCACGUCCCUCGUCGUCCCCUCUGCGAUAUCCGAAGUUCAUUGCUCGGUUGACCCAGAUUGUAAAGACAAAUUGGUGCGAAUGUCGCAUUCCGUCUCUCUGGCCCUUCUGUUCCUGUUCGUUGUGUACCAGCACUAUCGAUGGAGGUCUCACCGACAACUAUUCGUGGAAGCUGCGUCGCCUGAACUGGUUGACGGGUCUACUAUGAGUCGAGUAUUCCUAGGCAUUGUCGAGGCAUUGCUUCUCAUCACCGUCUUGGGCAUGGCGUCGCUAUCAUCCUUCUUCCUCAUGCGCACCAUGAGCUCAGUCACGGACUCGGAUUUUCUCAGUAAACGAGUAGUGAGCUUCGUCCUCUUACCCUUGGCUACCGAUGGGCCAGCUCGGAUCGAAGCGGUCGCAGCUGCGUACAACAAUCACAUGACAACUGCCCUCGAGUUCGCCAUCGGACGAAGCAUGAAUGUGGCUCUGUUCAUCACGCCGGCAUUGGUGCUCUUCUCGUGGGCCGCUCAGUCUAGCUAUCCCAUGACAUUGCAUUUCCCGACUCUGGAGACGAUUUCCAUCUUCCUGGGGUCGUUAUUAGUUGCUGAACUCUGUCGAGACGGCAAAAGUGAUUAUCUGGAGGGGGCAAUGUGCCUCGUCACGUCAGUCAUCUGCCAAGUAGUGCCUAUCCUUGAGGCUGCAACUUACCUUGUGCAUAGGUAUGUGAUACUAUCCUUCUCUUUCUAG